AUGCCAAAAUAUUACUGUGAUUACUGCGAUACUUAUUUGACUCAUGACUCUCCGUCCGUUCGGAAAACUCAUUGUGGCGGUAGAAAUCAUAAAGACAAUGUAAAGGAAUAUUAUCAAAAGUGGCUGGAGGAGCAAGUACAAAAGCUUGUCGAUCACACUUCGGAAGCUUAUAAACAAGGUAAAGUGCCUCCUCCGAUGUUUGGCGGCCCUCUUGGCAUGCCACCUCCUGGUCUGGCAUAUCCUCCUCGCUACCCUAUAAAAGGGCCAGAUUCCGAUGAUUCCUCCUCAAGGUGUAAUGAUCCCACCCAAAAUGGCUGUGCCCGGUGUUUCUGCCUGGCCUCCGACCACUGGGAUGCCUCCAUAUGGCGCGCCGCCCCAAUAACAUUUUCCGAUACGUUGUAA